AUGACAAUGAAUUUUAAUAUUUUACGUCUUCAAAUCACACAUUCAAUACGACCGUUUGGAAUUAGACGUUUGCAUUCAUUUCAGAACAAAUCCAUUUUAAUAAUAAGGAAACCUUUUGUAACGACUAGUACUAAAUUAAAUCCUAAUUUAUCGAAUAAAAAUAAUGCCGAAAAAUCUUUUUUAAAUAGAAGAAAAUAUAAUACUACUAGUAGUACAUUGAAUACAAAUCCCUCGCGUAGGAAUAAUACAGGGUCUAAAAGUAUAAUUGAAAGGAAAAAGACUAAAGAAUGGAGUGAAAUGACUAUAGUUGUUGGAGCAGCUAAAGUUACAACAAACGUCGGUGUAAUAGCUAUUGGAAUUGGUGUUUGUGGAGUAAUCAUAUAUUUUAUUUUAAAGGAAUUAUUUAGUUCAUCAGGUUCAACUAGAGUCUUUAAUGAGACUUUAGAGAAAAUUCGAUCAAAUUCUGAGUGUCAAAAAAUUUUAGGUUUGCCGAUAAAAGGUCAUGGAGCUCCAAGUUCAAGCAGAAGGCGACGUAAUCGUUUGGUUCGAUUUCAAGAAGUAAUUAAUACUGAUGGAACACCACAUAAAUUCAUGCAAAUUUACCUUGAAGGUACUAUAACACAUGGUAUAGCUUUGCUUGAUAUGAUUAAGAAUGAUAAAGGAACUUGGGUUAUUAAAUAUUUGGUUGUCUCCAUACCAG